GUGUCUUGGCAUCACUUCUCGUCCUUCCUUUGGUGUCCAUUCCGGCGUCAUGUGAAAGGGGUUCACGGUGGUUUCUCUCGCCCCCGACCGGACCCUCCUCCGUCGAGCACAUUCGUCAGCCCUGACGUCCUCGCCCCGGUAGUCCCGGUGGGGUAGCGCCCGUGUCCCCGCUGUGCCCGGUUCAUCCUGCAUCCUUCGGCGUGCGGCGGAGCGGAGGAUGAGCGAGCAAGGGAAGGGCUCGGCAUCCGCCUCUGCCGCGGCCCCGGCACCAGGGUCGGACACUUACAAAGGCUGGCUUUUUAAAUGGACCAACUAUUUGAAAGGGUACCAGCGGCGAUGGUUUGUCCUCAGCAAUGGCCUACUUUCAUAUUACAGGACACAGGCAGAGAUGGCCCAUACGUGUCGUGGAACAAUCAACUUAGCCACGGCGCACAUUGACACAGAGGAUGCCUGCAAUAUUGUCCUGAGCAGUGGCGGCCGCACUUACCACCUGAAGGCUAGCACAGAAGUGGAGCGGCAGAGAUGGGUCACAGCAUUGGAGCUGGCAAAGGCUAAAGCCAUACGCAUGAUGAACGAUCAAUCUGAUGACUCGGGGGACGAGGAGCCUACGUCCCAGUCGGACCGCAGCGAGAUUCAGGGCACCCUGAAGAUACUUGUAAGCAAGCUCGAUGACCUCAGCACAUGUAACGACCUGAUCGCAAAGCAUGGGGCGGCCCUGCAGCGUUCCCUGAGUGAACUCGAGGGUCUGAAAAUCCCCGUCGAGGGAGGGGAGAAGAUCAAAGCAGUCAAUGAGCGUGCCACCCUCUUCCGCAUCACUUCCAAUGCUAUGAUCAAUGCAUGUCGAGACUUCUUGGACCUAGCAGAGACUCACAGCAGGAGAUGGCAGCGGGCGCUGCAGUAUGAGCGAGAGCAGCGUACCCACCUAGAGGAGACCAUUGAGCAGCUAGCCAAGCAGCAUAACAGCCUGGAGCGAGCGUGGAGAGAAGCACCCACGCUUGUUUCCACCACACCCAGUGCCCCAACCGCCAACAAGGGAGGGAGUGAGAGGCUGCACAAAGAAGAAGCGAGUGAUGAAGAUGAAGAUACUGAGUACUUUGAUGCCAUGGAGGAUUCCCCUGCAUUUAUCACAGUGACUGCCACUGAGAACACACAGCACAGGCGAUCCCAGAGUAAUUUGAGUGGAGCGAGCGGAGGUCAGCCCAGUGACUGGAACCAGGACGACCAUAUGUCUCCCAGCUGUAAUGAUGUGUCAGGGAAGGAGCUGCAGCCCCGCAGACAGAGGCGGACUCGUGUCCCAGACAAGCCCAACUACUCUCUCAAUUUGUGGAGCAUCAUGAAGAACUGCAUCGGCAAGGAGCUCUCCAAAAUUCCCAUGCCUGUAAACUUCAACGAGCCCCUGUCGAUGCUGCAGCGUCUCACCGAGGACCUGGAGUAUCAUGAGCUUCUGGACAAGGCGGCGCGCUGUGACUCCUCCCUGGAGCAGAUGUGCCUGGUCGCUGCCUUCUCUGUCUCAUCCUACUCCACCACGGUGCACCGGACAGCCAAGCCCUUCAACCCCCUCUUAGGCGAGACUUAUGAGCUUGACCGGCGGGAGGAGUUUGGCUACCGCUCGCUUUGUGAGCAGGUGAGCCAUCACCCCCCUGCAGCUGCACAUCAUGUGAUUUCCCAGCGAGGCUGGACCCUGUGGCAGGAAAUCACCAUCGCCAGCAAGUUCCGUGGCAAAUACCUCUCUAUAAUGCCUCUGGGUGCCAUUCACCUGCACUUUCACGCCAGCGGGAACCACUACGUGUGGAGAAAGGUCACCUCCACGGUGCACAACAUCAUUGUGGGCAAGCUGUGGAUUGACCAGUCGGGGGACAUUGAGAUUGUGAAUCACAGGACCAAGGAGACCUGCCAACUCAAGUUCUCUCCCUACAGUUAUUUCUCCAGGGACAUUCCUCGGAAGGUGACUGGUGUGGUGGCAGACAGUGGAGGCCAGGCUCACUACAUCCUCUCUGGUACAUGGGAUGAUAAAAUUGAGAGUGCCAAGAUCGUUCAGAGCAGCCGAGGGGGCAGUGGAUCAGAGGGCAAGCAGAAGACGGUCUAUCAGACAUUGUCGCCCAAACUGCUGUGGAAGAAAUACCCUCUCCCGGAGAAUGCUGAGAACAUGUACUACUUCUCAGCACUGGCACUGACCCUGAACGAGCAGGAGGAUGGAGUGGGACUGACCGACAGUCGUUUGAGACCCGACCAGAGGCUGAUGGAGGAGGGGCGAUGGGACGAGGCAAACUCAGAGAAACAGAGGCUAGAGGAGAAACAAAGAGCUGUGAGAAGGAGGAGGGAAGCGGAGGCCUCAGAUGCUCUGGAUGAAGAGUGUGAUUAUGACUCUGGCAAAGAAUACGAAGGCUACCAGCCGUUGUGGUUUCACCAGAGGAGGGACUCAGUCACUGGAGAGACAAACUUUGUGUACAAGGGAGGUUACUGGGAGUCAAAGGAGAGGCAGGACUGGAGCAUGUGUCCUGACAUCUUCUAACCCCGGAGCUCAGCCUGGAUCACUCCUAACCUCAUUGGACAGGGAUCUGCUCUGCCUCCGGUCCUUCAGCAAUGCGGCAUAGCUGGCUUAUGAGCACCAUGUGGACCUCUAGUGAGCAUGAGAAUGUGUAUGUUUCACACACUCUCAGAUUACCUCCAAAUGUACACUCUCAAUCUGUUUUUACUAUGGGGGAAAAGAAGCAAGAGUCUUUGACACUAUACUGAAACAGCAGUGAGAUAAUGUGUGGAUGUGAGGUGGUGUUGGUUAGUGCUAACACCGCCACAAUAAAGGCACCUGCACACUCCUGAAAUCAGGUGCUCCAUAAAUCUUACUCACAAUGCACUUUUCUGCGUUCACCCCAUUUAAGAGUUUUUACCGAUUGGACUGAAACCCACAUCAAUGCAGCUCACGAUUAUCUGACAACUAACAGGAAGAAAAUCAUCCACAGGCAAAUAGAAACACACCCGUAUUGAAUAAAAAUAUUGGGAUUGUACGUUUCUGCAAACCACAAAUACGUUACAUUUGUACACCAUUAUGUCGUGGACAUGUUGA